UCUCUCUCUCUCUCUCUCUCUCUCUCUCUCUCUCUCUCUCUCUCUCUUUUCUUCUUCUAUCCUCCAAAGUCUGUCGUACAAACCCAAGAGACCAUCCUGCGUGACACAGAUUUGUUAUUGUAAGUUAAGUUACUUUGAUCUUUGAUUUUUUUAACCCAACAAAAACAAAACACAACUACUGCUUUUGGCUUCCAUUUUCGUCUUGCUUGUCUAUGUAGAAUCUAUGAAGUUUUACUGGGUCGUUUUCGUGUUUGAAUUUGCUUUCAUGAUUCUAGAUAGAAAAGUAUAACGAAGAAUAGAGAUGGGUCAAUUGUUUUAGGUGAGAAAAUAUAACAAAGGUUGGAUUUUUCAAUGGUAUUAAUGCCAAAUUUCCAAGCUUGAUGUGUUUUCCACGAAGAAUCCUUUAAUGGGUAGCCACUAGAAUUUCAGAGAUUUUAGUUUCAAAACAAUAGAGAUGUUGGGUGAGGAAGAAAAGAGUGGGAUUGCCGGAAAUACUGACCGGAAAAAAUAUCUCCGGUCGAUGUCAUGGAGUGACCGGUCACCUUCCAAGCUGCCUAAUCCUUAUCCAAAGCCUCAGCUGAAUGGUAAGGCAAGGUCUUGCUUGCCUCCACUUCAGCCUCUUUCAAUUGCCAAGAGUAGUGUUAAGGAGUGGCCUAGGGCUGGUUCUGAUGAUCUUGGGGUUUGGCCUCAGCCCCAGACCCCUAGAGGGUCUGCUAAGCCCUUUCCGGGUUCGAACCCGGAGCAGGGUGGGAGAGAGUUUGAGUUUAAGAAAGAUAAGCUUGCCUUUUUUGAUAAGGAGUGCUCUAGGAUUGCAGAGCAUAUAUACUUGGGGAGUGAUGCUGUGGCUAAGAACAGGGAGGUUUUGAGGAAUAAUGGGAUCACCCAUGUGCUCAACUGUGUUGGGUUUGUGUCUCCUGAGUAUUUCAAGUAUGAUCUUGUGUACAAGACGCUCUGGUUGAAGGAUAGCCCAUCGGAGGACAUUACGAGCAUUCUCUAUGAUGUGUUUGAUUAUUUUGAAGAUGUGAGGAAGCAGAAUGGGAGAGUUUUUGUGCAUUGUUGUCAGGGAGUGUCGCGGUCGACCUCGUUGGUGAUUGCAUACCUCAUGUGGAGGGAGGGACAGAGCUUCCAAGAUGCAUUUCAGUAUGUGAAGGCGGCAAGAGGGGUGACAAAUCCCAAUAUGGGGUUUGCUUGUCAACUUCUGCAGUGCCAGAAGAGGGUGCAUGCUGUGCCUGCAAGCCCGAGUUCUGUGUUGAGGAUGUACAGGAUGGCUCCACAUUCAUCGUAUGAUCCGCUUCAUCUGGUGCCGAAGAUGUUGAACCAUCCAGGUGCACAGGGACUUGACUCUCGUGGUGCUUUUGUUGUACAUGUCCCAUCUGCUAUAUAUGUCUGGAUUGGGAAGGAUUGCAACACAAUGAUGUCGGAUAAUGCAAGAGCAGCUGCCCUUCAGGUCAUCCAGUAUGAGAGGGCAAAAGGUCCAAUUGUGGACAUCAACGAAGGCAAGGAGCCAUUAGAAUUUUGGGAUGCUCUUUCCAGUGGGCUUUCAGAAGAUGAUUGCAGCAAGGGAGAUGUUAAAAAGGAAGAAACCUUUCCUUCUGGAGGCAAUAAGGUUGCUGCAGUGACUUGUAUUCCAGUGGGUGAAAGGAAGGUUUUGGAAUAUGAUUUGGAUUUCGAAAUGUUCCAUAAGGCACUUGCAGGUGGGGUUGUUCCAACAUUAUCAGUAUCAAAUACUGAGUCCGAAACUUGCCUUCCUGCCAGAGAAAAUGGAUGGGGUAGAUUGCGGCAGAAGUUUGCUAGCGGAAUUAUGAAGGAUUUGGUCAGCAAUGAAUCGGAUAUGGUUGUGGAAGUUGACAAAGACACGGAGAACCCUGCUUCUUUGAUUGAGCCUUCAUCCCCAUUGUCAGCGUCAAGCCAGUGUUGUGGUACACCAGAUUCCUUUGAAUGUUAUCCAAUUAGUAGCCCAAAUAGGAUAAGCGAUACUUGUAGGGAAGUAGGACGAUCUGUUGCUCUUACCAAUCCAUUAUCAUUUCCAACGACAGACUGUGGGUCACCCAAUUCUUGUUCUUGGUUUCCUGAUAACAAUCUUAAGUUUAGCUCAAAAUCCCCAACACUCUCUCCUUCAACAUCUGAAUACUCUAGUUCAUCGUUUACCUUUUCACCCUCAUCUUCUAAUUGGUCAGACUUGUCAUGCUUGUCUUCUCAACAGCCUUCACCGUCAGGCUUGGAUUCUGCAGAUCCAUUAUGUAUUAAGCAUAGCCCCUUAGCUGAUAGCUCACGGUUACUUUUCAAAGAGUCUCCUUCUUCACCUCGAGAGGCAUUGUCAGCUGAUAUCACUUUGGAAGUGACAAAUACAUGUUUGACAUGUAAAGGGAUUUCCCCUUCUAUAGCUGAGCGUAGAGGGAGUAGACCUCCACCUCUAAUGUUGCUACCCUCAGUUGAAGAAUCACCUAAAGUAACGAGGACUUUGGUACGAUCAUGGUCGUUUUCCUUGCCUGACUUGGAUGAUGAUCUGAUGGACACUGAUUGCAACCAAGCUGAAAAUGCAAGCAACGGAGAUGAGCUAAUGUCGGGUGUUGACGUUAAUAACUCUGAAAGUGAUUUACAUUCUGCAGAGGUGAUUAACCCUGUUUUGUACCAGUGGCCUUCUUUGAAUAAGGUGGUGAUGCAUCAGUCUGGCAAACUUCAUUCCAGAUCAGCGUAUCUUUUGCUAGCUCCAGAUGCGACUGUGGGUGCUAAUAAACUUGGAGUCUUAUUUGUGUGGUUGGGACGUUAUAUUUUGCAUGAGAAAGGAGAAAAUGCAACAUUUGAGGACAGCCAUCUUCAAUGGGAGACCAUAGGACGCUGCUUCCUUGAGAAUAGGGGUUUGCCUACGAGUUCCCCUGUACAGAUAGUGAAAGAAGGUGAGGAGCCAGACGAGUUCCUAUACCAUCUCAGCUGUAAAUCACUACAGAAAACAUAAAUUGACGACAUGAAUAAGACAGAAAUAGAAGGAUCAAUGUAAAGCAAGAUUAUUUGGCAUUCAUGAUCCUUGAAGCAUCUGGAACAGCGGGAUGGAUCAGUUGCAGAUUGAAAAGUCGGGUUGGCAUCCCGGGCAGUGCAAAGUGUUUCAUAUCUGCUUGUGUGAUGUAUGGAGGGGUUAGUACAUAUCACUACAGAAAACAUAAAUUGACAGACAUGAAUAAGACAGUAAUAGAAGGAUCAAUGUAAAGCAAGAUUAUUUGACGUUCAUGAUCCUUGAAGAAUCUGGAACAGCGGGAUGGAUCAGUUGCAGAUUGAAAAGUCGGGUUGGCAUCCCGGGCAGUGCAAAGUGUUUCAUAUCUGCUUGUGUGAUGUAUGGAGGGUUUAGGACAAUAUGUACAGAGGACACGUCUGCUCUAUGCAGAUAGGAUUUUAUCAGUAAAGUUUUGUUAAAUGGGCAAACAAAAUAUCGGUUCAAAUAAAUGUAUCUAGUAUAUAUAGUAACAAGUGUAUCUAGGAUAUACAGUAACCCUUACCAGCAUCCAAGGUGUUGCCAUUUAAGGUGAAAUGAGAAGCUCACUUGAUUUUAUCCAUGAAAAGUAAUAGCCAGUUAGCCACAUACUCUGCAGUUCUGCCAUUAUGAGGUUUUUAUCAACGAAAAAUAAUUGUUUGGUGUGGUGAGUGUUACUCUGAUGUGCUGCGACUGUUGGAUGUAUUCUGAAUUUUGGACGGUUCAUUGUUUAUCUUCAACUCCGAGUCUGAGGAACAAUGCAAGGCAACUGAAAUUUGCACU